AUGGCAGAGGAUACCACCAUGCCAGGUCUAGGACCUAAUGUUGGGAUUUUGAAAACUGUGGUCGUCAGCAAAGUUGCACCGAGCUCCACCACGGAGCAUGCCGAAGUCAUUUAUCCGAGUGUCUACGACUUGUUCGUUUUCGAUACUUACAUACCCAUCGUUAGCCUGUACCGAUUGGACAAUACUCUUUUGUCGGCUUUCUCGGCCUUCAUCCACAACGUGAAGGACUCUCUGAGCAAGCUUCAGAGCUUGUAUUAUCCGCUGGCGGGGAAGUGGGUUGUAGCAGAAGAUUUGUACAUCCGGAAACUGCUCUGCAACGAUGAAGGAGCAGUGUUCGUGGAGGCGACGGUUGACGACGAGAUGGAUAAAUAUUUUGACUUCGUCCACGACUUCAACCCUCCCAAUGAGCUGUUCGGAGAAUUUGCUAUUCCCGGAUUCUGUGCUGAAGAUGCGCACAAGAUGCCGCUGAAUAAAGAGUGGCCCAAUUUGAUUAUUCAGGUGACCGGCUUCAAGUGUGGGGGAGUUGCCCUCGUCGUAACCUAUAACCACAUGCUCAUGGAUGGGUUUGCCUUCGAUCGGUGUUUGAAGGCUUGGUCAGAAAUUGCAGCCACCGGGCACACGUCCAUGAAGCCCAAUUUCGAUCGAUCCUCGUUGCCCACAUUAUUCGAUAAAGCGCAAAUGUUCGGAUUGAGUCCGGACAUGAAGAACGUGGACGAUGUGCUGGCAAACGCGUUCAGGACUCAUACUACUGCGCGGAGCUUCCGCAGUAGUCCAUAUCGGUCCGUAAGUAAGUGCUACCAGAUCCAUCCGGACGCCGUCGAGAGGCUGCGCCGGAAGGCGAAGGAAGGCCAGGCCUCAGAGAGCCUGGAGCUGCCGGAACGAUUCACGAAUUUUGAAUGCAUCUCGACUCAGAUGUGGCGAUGCUUCUCGAGGCUACCGGUCGUCCAUGAACACAUGACCGGCAGCGAGAAGGUAUAUUUCAGCUUUCCAGCCGAAGCAAGGAAGCGAACGUGCAAACCACCGUUAACGGAAGACUUUGUCGGUAACAUGGUUCUGAUAGUGUCGCCCCCGGUCCUGACGGGCGCUGAGCUUCGCGAGAAGUCGUUUGCCUUCGCAGCAUGCAAAGUCCACGAGUCUAUUCUCGAUCUGAACGCCGACUCGGCCGAGGACCGCUGGACAGACACCACUCAUGCACGCUUGCAGAAGAAACAGUCUGAGAACCCCGAGGGCUGCCCGACUGCUCUGCAAAGUGGACUGACCUCAUGGAUCCGAUUUACAAACUUCUACGCUCUGGACUUCGGAUUUGGCAUCCCAUUGCGCGUCACCCCAUGCUUUUUCUACACGAUUCCGGAAUUUACGAUGGGUUAUCUUAUGACUCCUCGUCCCCAGUCCGGAGUUGUUGCUGAUAUGUUCUUGCGUUUAAGCCCAAGGAUGUCUGAGUUGAUUCUUAAAGAUCCGGAAUUCCUGGAUCUAGUCUCAUAA